UCUGAGCUCCUGUAGUAGUGAUCACUUUGAGACAACGCACUGAAGCACACAGCAGCAAGAAUGAAGUUCUGGCAUUUUAUUACAAUGGCUAGCGAGAACAGGGUGAAUCCCAAACCCGAGAAGAAAGAGAUGAAGAAAAAAUGGUGGCAGAGAAGCAAUAAAGCAGAGAAGCAGAAGGAGAAGAAGGAGAAUGAUGAGAUGAAGACCCAGAUCCUGGUGGACCAAAUACAGGAACUGAAUGAGCAGGCAGUUCUAAUGGACCAAAAGCAGGACCUAGAUGAGCAGGCGGUUCCCAUCGACCAAAUGAAGAAACAGGAAGAGCAGCUGGUUCUGAAGAACCACAAACAAAAACAAGAGAAGCAAGUGGUUCAGAUUAACAAAAUGCAGAAACAGAGGGAGCAGGUGGUUCAGGUGGUGGAGAUGAAGAAAUUGGACAAAGAGGUAGACCUUACACACUGUAUGAAGAAAGUCAACAAGCAGGUGGUUGUGAAGAUAGAAAUGACCUGAAGCAAACACAGAAGGAACAUGCAGUUAUGAUGAACCAGAUGCAGAAACGGAAGGAGCAACUGGUUCUGGUGGUGGAGAUGAACAAACUAGACAGGCAGGUAGUCACAACAGACUGGAGGAAGAAAGUGAACAAGCAGGUGGUUGUGGAGAAUGAGAUAAAGAAACUGGAGGAGCAGGCGGUUCUGACGGAUGGAAUGCAGGAACUGGGAUCAGCUGGGGCUGAUUGCUCAGGGGGACCAAUCAGGAGUCAGUGUGCUCACGGAGAAGAGGGGCAUGGCACAUAUGAGCACACAGAGGCUAGC